GUUGCCUCCCGCAACCGCCUUUCAGUCCACCGCUUCUCUUCUUUCUCUCUUCCCCACCAAUUCCAUCUCUCUCUUUCUCUCCCUCACUCCUUCCAGUCUCUCUUCCUGCAGUUUUGUCUUUCCCUUGCUUUAUCUUUUUCCGCAUCACCUUCCUCCUCGUGCCUGUAGCUGACACCAUAUAAUACCCUAUAUCUCCGUCUUUCCCUCAGCUUCAAGCCCCCGGUCCCUUCUCACUUCUCCGCCCACCAGCUGUCCGUGGUCAACAUGAACAGCUUGGUGGCUGCACCACCUGUGCCUCCACACUUCUACGAGUAUUCUCGUCUCUCAUCGCCUCGUUCAAUGUCUACACCAACCUACUCCACCCCUAAUAGCCGCAAGCGGAAAGCCGACGACGAUGGUCACGAUCAUGAUGGACGAAUGUCUGCGUCUCCGACGAGCUCCCCAGCCUUUACUCCGAGAUCUCUUCCAAGCCGGAAUAUGAAACGUGCCCGUCCAAAUGUCAGCGGCAGACCCCUUUCUCUGCCUCGUUUACUGGAGACCCUGGAUACAGAUGCCCUCCGAGGUGUUCUUCGGUCGAUGUGUGAACGUCAUCCAGUAUUAGUCGAUGAAAUCGUCCACAAUGCUCCUCGUCCGAGUGUGUCUUCCGCCCUUCAGGUGCUCCGAAACUACCAAUCUGCUCUUCAGUCCUCUUUCCCUUUGGGUGGCAACUCUGAAUCCGACUAUGCAUAUAACCGAGUUCGACAACCUUUGUCCAAUCUGUUGGACGCCCUAAGUGACUUCACGCCGCACUUCUUACCACCCCACGAAACUCAGGCCUCUUUGUCUCUGAACUACCUAGAUGGCGCCACUGAGAUUAUCCACGCACUGCCACGAUGGAAUACCCCCCAGAACAACAUAGAGCGAGACUCUGCCUACGAUGAAAUUUGCAAAGCCUGGAUUUUGGUUAUUCGGGAAGCUGCCAAGCGUGGUGGAGGCAUUCAGCUACAGUAUGGUGGCUGGGAUCAGAAGUUGGCGAAACAUAACCAAAACUCCGGGGGUAAACUGCAGGCGGCCGUGAACGAGCUUGGAUCUAGUUUAGGAUGGAUGCACGGACCUGAAACCCAGAGUCAUGGAAGCCCGGGAGGUAAUGACUUUGGGUCCAUACGGGAGCAGCUCUUGUCUGGCACAUACGGACUUGGGACUCCAGUCAAAGUUGGGCCAUGGUAGAGCCGCCAGC